AUGACAUCAUCCACAAACAGGUACAGCCGCCUGCACGAGCUGGGGGUGGCGCACCUCGCGAUCAGCCACAGGCAGCAGGGCGCGGCGCAGCAAGGCAGCAGUGGCGCCGACGGCGGCGGCGGCGGCGGCGGCGCGGCGGCUGCGGCGGUGGAGGAGGAGGGCAGGCUGCGAGAGGCCGUUGCGGAGCGCCGCCGACGCGCCGAGCUCGCCGCCCGCGCCGCCGCGGACCGCGGCGCAGGCGCGGCGCUGCUGCAGCGCGCCGAGGACAACCGGCGCCGCAUGGAAGCUGCACUGCAGGAAGUCGAGCGCGGCGCGCUGCAGCAGCGGGCGAAGGGCGGCGGCGGCGGCGGCGGCGGGGCGGCGGGCGCGGGCGCGGCGCCGCUGCUGCGCAAGUGGCGGCGGCAGAACGCCGAGGCCGCGGCGGAGCGUGCGUUCGAGCGGGAGUUCCUGCCCGGCGCCGGCGCGCCCGGGCGGGCGGUGGCGCCCUCAUUUCUGGAAGAGGUGGGGGCCGGGGAUGGGGACGGCUUCGGGGACGGCGCCCCUUGGGGCGCCGACGCCGGCGCCGGCGCGCCCGCGUCCCUUGGAGCGUCGGCGCCGAUCACUGGAGCUGCCGGCCUCGCACACGGCGGCGGCGGCGGAGCAGGCGGAGACGCCGCGGCGGCAGCGGCGGCGGAAGGCGCGCUGCGGCUCGUCUCGCAGCUGCGCGCGGAGGAGGAGCGGCGCCGCGCGGCGGCGCUGCGUGAGCGGGAGCGGCAGCUGCGGCAGCUGCAGCAGAGGUGGGUGGCGCGCGGCGGCGGCGUGGCGGCGUCGACGGCGACGGCCUCUGGGACGGGUGGAGGCAGCUGUGGCUGGGAAGAUCUCGGGCCGGACUCGGUGGUGGAAGAUCUCAUGACUGAGAUCCCUGAAGUCGUCCACAUGGCUGCCAGCGGCGCGGGGGAGGGGCGGCGAGCCGUGGACGAGCUGGCGGCGGCGCGCGUGGCAGAGGCGGCUGCCGCAGGGGCGCGCGAGGACGCGGCGGCGGCGGCGGCGGCGGCGGCGGCGGCGGCGGCAGUUCAGGAGGCACGGGAGGAAGAUCCGACGCCGGCCGGCAGCCGCGCGGGCAGCGACGGCGGGGCAUCUCUGUCGGAGAUCGUGCGGCGCGCAAGGGAGGCGGUGGCCGGGCUGGACUCGCAAGUGGUGGCAGAGGCGGUCGGCGCGUCGGAAACGAGCCGGGCCCCGCUUGACAGCCCCGCGGCUGAGAGUGAUGAGAAGCGGGCGCCGCGGCAGGCGGGGCCGGGCGUUGACGAGAGCGCGGCCAGCCUGUCGGAGAUCAUGCGGCAGGCUGAGGAGGUCCUGCGGCUGCUGCCGGAUGACAUGCGCGCCUCCCUCGCGCGCCGCCCCGGCGGCUUCAACGUGCGCCGCGGCGGCGGCGGCGGCGGCGGCGGCGGCGGCGGUGUCGGAUCUUCUUUGGCGAGCUCGGCGCCGCUGCUGCCGCGGCCUGCGGCGGUGGCGGGGCGUGCGGACGCGGGUGGCGGCCGGCUGGGGUCGGUCGGGUCCUCUAUUGAUACUGAGGCCGCGACCGCCGGGCUCGCCGCCAUCGCCGCCGCCGCCGAUGCUCGCCAGCCCCCCCGCGCCCCGCCGCCCGCCACCGCGGCGGCCGCGCCCGGCGGUGGCGGCAGGGGCGGCGGUGGUGGGGGGAGUGUGUCCGUGUCGAGCUCAGGGGUGCUAUCUGAGGGCGCGGCCAGCGUGGUACGGGAGCUGCGCGCCCUGGAGAUGCAGCUGGGCCUGAAGACAGCGUCCGUCAAUUGGGCGGCGAUCGCAGCCGCUGGGCACCCGUGCAGGCGGGGCGGCCGUACACACGGGCGCACCACGCCGUGCAUUGCAGCAGCCGCGGCUGGCAGCGCGAAUUUUUUCCUGGCUUACGGCUCAGGCAGUCCAGGCCUGAACUACUGA